AUGGACCCUUCAUUGCGAGGCAUUUGUGGAGUAUCUCUAACUAGAUUUUUAAUUCGAUCUUUACCAGAUCCUGUCACAGAGGAUUUAUCUUUUUGGCGGGGGAUCUAUCCCUACCUUGACCGGAACUUACAAUCUCUAGUUAACUCAAUCGGGAGUCCCAAAUUAAAUUCUUACAAUCGAAGUAGCUUCGCGAAGCUGUUGAAGAGUCCUCUUUCCUUGAAUCUCAAGCAUGGAAUUAACCCUGUUCAAGUCAUCAAGGAAGAAAUUAAGAAGAGUCUCAUCAGAACUUGUGAUAAGAUACAAAAUCACAUUGUUAAACAUGCUGUUAUGCAUUCACGGGAUGAAGAGGAACCCCUGUAUGCAUUCUUGGAGUCUAUUAGUCCUAGAUUCCCUAGAUUUUUGAGUGAAUAUAAAGCUGGAACAUACCUAGGAAUGACAGAGGGACUGGUGGGACUCUUCCAAAAUUCCAAGACCAUAAGAAACAUCUUCUCGAACCAAAUGAAGAAGGAAAUUGACAAUCUUAUAGUGGCUUCCGAGAUUCAGGGGAUCAAAUCAAUCGUCUCAAUUGUCAAAUCGUCUACAAAUCAAUCCCCUGGAUGCUGGGGAUGUUCCAGUGAGAGAGCAGAUCAUUUAAGAUCACUGUCCUGGGGAGGGCAAAUAAUCGGUGCUACACCAGCAACUAACUGGAAAUUGUUCUUACAAGAGGUUAAUGAUCAUGGUUUAGAUCUUGUAUAUCUGGUGAUAGGACUAAGAGGUAAAGAGAGAGAAAUUAAACGGAUAGGAAGGUUUUUCGCGUUAAUGUCCUGGAAAUUGAGAGACUACUUUGUGAUCACUGAGUACCUGAUAAAACUCCAUUUUGUUCCUCUCUUUUCCGGAUUGACGAUGGCCGACGAUUUGAACACUGUUAUGAAAAAGAUGCUGGAUACCUCCAAUGGACAGGGCUUAGACAGCUACGAGUACAUAACCCUCGCAAAUCACAUUGACUAUGAAAAGUGGAACAACCACCAGAGGGGAGAGGCUAAUGAUCCAGUUUUUCGAGGGAUGGGCCAAUUCCUAGGAUACCCCAAUUUAAUUACUAGAACACAUGAGUUUUUUGAGAAGAGCCUGAUUUACUAUAACGGAAGACCUGACUUGAUGUUUGUACAAAAUGGAAGGGUAUACAGUCGUGAUCCCGAAAGACCGGUUUGCUGGAAUGCUGGAAUGGUUUGCUGGAAUGGCCAAAUGGGGGUCUACAGGGACUACGCCAUAAGGGGUGGAGCAUAA